AUGACAGAACAUCGACGUAAAUGUUCUGUAAGCGAUGGAGUCGUCACAAGGACCGUGUGCUUUAGGUAUUCUUCCUGCUGCGACUACAGUCAAAAUGUCAAUGUGAGGAAUUGCGGUGGAUUCUAUAUCUACGAGAUUUAUGGAACACCAACAUGCUAUUUGCGCUAUUGUGGGAACGGAGGAGAGUGCAAUGCGUACACGCCACUCCGCAAUCUCGACCGCUCAGUGAAUAGUCACUACAACAGUAACCCUAAUGGCGAUAGUUAUUACUGUGACAAUGGUCUCAGCAGGCAAUGGUACCGUAUAACCGGGGAGGCCGGGUACGCUAUCCCUACGUCUUGCCCACGAGUGGAUUAUUGCGGUACGAAUUACCCCGGCUGGCUACAGGGAUCGCAUCCCUCUGUUAGUGACGGCAUUGUUUCCAGGACCGUGUGCUUCACAGCAGGACCUAGUAGCUGCUGUAAUUGGAACGAAAACAUUCGCAUUUUAAACUGUGGAGAUUUUUAUGUGUAUGAGUUGAAUUACCCGGCCGGCAGCAGUUGUAAUCUACGCUUUUGUGGAAAUGGAGCAGCAAGCAACUGCCCUUGUAGAAAUAAUGGGACUUGUCUGAUUGACGAGUCGGGCGGCCACUGCACGUGUCCUGUGGGUUACACAGGAGCGAGGUGUGAGACAGGUGGGUUAUACUAGCGGCGGAAUGCGUUAAACUGUUACGAAGAUAGUUCUAGUUAUUUGUAGUCCCUAGCGGAAAUAUAGAGUUAGAAUUGUAGUCACAUCUUCAAAGAUGUUUUUGUUAGGAAACUCCCCUACGUCAGCUCAUCAUAUUAAUCAAUAUUUGGCAAUAUAAGGCUCAGCUCAGAGGAAUUCCCGCGGUACUCCAAAACGUUUCUUCCCGGCUGUUCAAAGAUUCCAAUAUAAACACAUCCUUAGUAAACAGGACAUAAUUCCGUGUAAAACGUGAGAACCACCCCGAGCCGAGCCUUGCUCACUCAUCGCUUCACUCUGUUCACACUUGACUUCACUUCAUCACUUCAAUCAAUACCCUUCUUCUCAAGUAAAGCAGUGCCAUCAAAGAUCCUAGUACUUGGUACCUCUCGUAACAAAACUAUGCCAUGAGCGAACCCAUCAAGAUUUGAUACGUUCGUUAAGAAUCUAGGGGCGAAAAAUAGAGUUAUUAGAAGCUCUCGGCCUGGAGUGGAAUAAAUACAGAAUGUUAAUGAAAAAUUUUCACAAAGACACCGAAAAUAAGCUGACAUAAGAAGAAUACAGUAAACACCCGUGUAUAAGAACCUGGAAUUUUCAAGAUCAAGCGGAAGAGGUUCCUUUUGAAAAAAAACAAAAACAAAGCUGAUUAGGUUCUGCGUAAAUGUGCCAAAUUGUCUGUAUAAGUUCUUAUCUCUAGGUUCGUAUACGCCGGUGUUUAUUUUAAACGGAAAAUAUAAA